AAAACAAUAAUCGCAAUGGCUGACAAGGACUUUACGCUCAACACUGGCGCCAAGAUCCCCGCCUUUGGUCUCGGCACCUGGCAAGGCGACAAGGGCGUCAUCAAGGAGGCCGUCCUGACGGCCAUCAAGAGUGGCUACAGGCUCAUCGACGGCGCCUACGUCUACGGCAACGAGCAGGAGGUCGGCGAGGGCAUCCGCGAGGCCAUCUCGUCUGGCAUCGUCAAGCGCGAGGACCUCUUUGUCGUCUCCAAGUGCUGGGCCACCUACACCACCCGCUGCGAGCUCGGCCUCGACAAGUCGCUCAAGCUGUUGGGCUUGGACUAUGUCGACCUAUACCUUGUCCACUGGCCUAUCCUGAUGAACCCCGAAGGCGAUGAUGAGAAAUUCCCCAAGCUCCCCGACGGCUCCCGGGACAUCAUCCGCACCCACAACCACGUCGACACGUGGAAGCUGAUGGAGAAGCUCCCGGCCACCGGCAAGACCAAGGCUGUCGGUGUCUCCAACUACAGCAAAGCAUGGCUGGAGCAGCUCCUGCCACAUGCCACCAUCGUCCCGGCCGUCAACCAGGUCGAGAACCACCCGCAGCUUCCCCAGCAGGAGCUCGUCGACUUUUGCAAGGAGAAGGGCAUUCACAUCAUGGCCUACUCGCCCCUGGGCAGCACUGGCGGCCCGCUGCUGACGGCCGAGCCCGUCGUCAAGAUCGCCGAGAAGCACAACAUCUCGCCCGCCGCUGUUUUGCUCGGCUACCAGAUCGCUCGCGGCAUCACCGUCAUCCCCAAGUCGGUCAACCCGGACCGCAUCAAGGCCAACGCCCAGCUCAAGGACCUCGACGCCGAUGACAUGAAGCUCCUCAACGACUACUCGGAGCAGCUGGCCAAGGAUGGCAAGCUGAACCGCUACGUCUUCCCGCCGUUCGGCACCGACUUUGGCUUCCCCGACAAGGUUGGCCAAUAA